UUUUCCUACCAAUUGUAAACAAAAGGCUUAAGUGUUUGUUCAUAUUGCAUCUCAUACGAUUUAAAUGGCCUAAUCUUAUGAGCCUGGAAAUAGCGCCCUUUAAUUUUAACAAUGAAACAAGAAUAUCGUAGAUAUUGUAAGCCACCAGAUAUUGAUAAUGAACUUGAAGACGAUGAUGAGUAUGAAUUGAUACCUAUAGAAUGGGCGAACUAUUGACUUACUCUUGAAAGUUUCCCUUACAUUUCAAAACCAUGGAGCAAGAAAUGCACAGUUAUUGUAAGCCACCAAAUAUUGACAAUGAAAUGGAUCAAGAUGAUGAGGACGAAUUAGUGUAUUGUAUUUGUCGCACUAAAGACACAAAUAGAUUUAUGAUAGGAUGCGACGGCUGCAAUGAAUGGUAUCAUGGAGACUGUAUUAGCAUCACAGAGGAAUAUGCCAAGAACAUUAAGCAGUUUUUUUGCCUCAUGUGUAGAGAACGCGACUCAAACCUUGAAAUACAAUUCAAAGAAAAGAAAGAAAAGAUAGAUAAGAAGAAAAUUGAAGAAAUCAAGAGAUAUGUUUCAGAAGAGGAACGCAAUAGAAAGUCGGCCAGGAGAUGUGGUGAAUGUGUUGCUUGUUACCGGACUGAAGAUUGCGGCCGUUGUGAUUUCUGUAAAGACAUGAGAAAAUUCGGUGGACCAAACAAAAUUAGGCAAAAGUGCAGACAGAGGCAAUGUAUGAAUUUUGGUCUUAUUUUGGGUAAAAAGCCAAAACUUUUUUCAGGUUCUCAGAGUGAUGACACUGAAGAUAAUGGGCAUUUUGUUUUGCUCCCGAAUACUGAAAUAACAAAUGUUGAUCCACAGAUUAAAUAUUCAGACGACGAUGAGGAUGAUGACAGAGAUGUUGACUACGAUCCUGGCACAAAAAAGCCUCACUCUAGGUCAAAGCAUAGGAGCCACUAUAACAAGCAAACAAACAAACGAAGGAGCAAAAGGAAUGAUCACCGAAAAAAACACAGAGAAGAAAAAGAGAAAAGUUCAAGCAAGAAAGACAAUGAUGCACCAAGACAAUGCUAUGGCCCCAGUUGCAUUCUUCCAGCUAGAGUGAACUCGAAGUAUUGUUCUGAUGAUUGCGGAAUGAAACUGGCAACAAAUAGAAUCUACGAAAUAUUGCCUCAUAGAAUCCAACAGUGGCAACAGUCUGUUUGCUCUGCAGAUGAGACCAAUAGAAAGACGUUGGAGAAAGUCAGAAAAGAACAGCAAGAGGCUAAAGAGAAACUUUCCUUGCUUGAUAGACAGCAAGAAGCCCUGGAAAAGCUUAUUGAGAGAGGAAAGAAAGUUACAAUUGCAGCAGAUCAGGAGAAUUUGGAAAACGAGUCGGAGGAAUCUGAAGUUAGUUAUUAUUGCGUCACUUGCGGUCAUGAAAUAAGUCAGAGGAAUGCUUUGAAACAUAUGGAGAAAUGUUUCAACAAGUAUGAGAGUCAGACCUCGUUUGGCUCCUUUUAUCCAACUAACAUUGAUGGAAGCAAUAUUUUCUGCGACUACUACAACAGCAAUCAACGCACCUAUUGCAAACGACUGAAAGUUAUCUGCCCAGAACAUUCUAAAGAGCCAAAAGUGUUGGAUGAUGAGGUAUGUGGUUUUCCGCUUGUGGAAAGAUCACCAAGGGUUGUGAUGGAAACUACAUCAGAAUCUGCGAGUGAAUUUUGUAGGACACUGAAAAAAAAAUGUGUUAAACACCAUCAGUGGGAGAAGUUCAGAAGAGCCGAGCUUGAUUUAUGCAAAAUGAGGCUCCUAUUUAAGUUGGAUGAUUUAAUUGAACAAGAAAGAAGUCUUCGGCAACAAAUGGCAAAUAGAGGGAGUGUACUGGGAUUGAUGCUUCAUCAGACUAUAUCUUAUGAAUCACAAAUUGAAACUUAAACUGCUAUUUAAUCGUUAAAUAUUAAAUUAAUUUUAAACUAUAUCUUUUCUAUUCCCAGUUAUUUUUAAUCUGAUUUAUUAUAUUUACUUCGCAAGCAAAAAUAAAUUCUAUAA